UGCAAUAAACGCUGCUACAAACUACAAUGUGUUCAAAUGUUGUAUAUUGUAUCUUUUUUUUUUCAUAAUUCCUUUUUCAUUUAAAUAACACUCGUUUACCGCGCAGGGCCGCCCGGUAUCGAUUUUCGGACUGUUUGUUUUCGCACAGUUUACCCGCCAUCUUGGCACGUCGUACAUACGGCAGAAAAGUCGAACGACCUGCACUAGAUGUUUCCCGUCCGUACGUUUGUUUGCGUCGUCGUCGCCAGUUCGUUGUAGGUUGUAGUUUAGCAGCACUGCUGCUCUGGCACUGGGCCUGAACGGAAAAUGAAGCGAAGCCACACAGAUAGCACUGCCAACCAGCACAAACACAGUGACAGCAGCCAGUGCUGGUCGAACGAACCCGAUGCUGUUGUAGUACAGUUUUGACGUCUAUCCGCAUACACUUUUGAACUGGGACAAUUUCGUGAUUCAGUAUUUCUAGAGGCUACCCCGGUUGGAAUAAUACUGAUUUUGGAGAAUACUAUCGAUCUGUCAGUGCGGAAUAGAUCAUACAGAAGAAUUCUAGUGUCGUAUUAUGUGGAAAACAAUAAGAUCGUGUAGAAAAAACGUCUGAAAAUUGAACGGUGUUCUUGUUCAUCGAUUUUCUGGCUAUGAAUAAUUUCCCCAUCACUAUAAUGGUGAAGCGUUCUCUUCUAUCGGAAACUGAGCAAAAAUGCUUUGAAUGUUAUCAAAUGAAAUGAGAAUAGGAUCUAUUGUGGAACGGGGAUAAUCAAACACAGGAAACCACAAAGGAAGAACAUAAACUGUCUAUAUUACCAGUAAAAGUUGCAAUAACUGUCAUUGACAGGCAUGCAGGCAAGCAGGCGUAUAUGACUGUGACAAGUGUGACAAGUGAAAUCCUUCUACAGUUGUCAAACGGGAAGAUAUAAGAAAGCGUGCAAUAGACAUUCCGUGGAACGAUGAUGGACUGAUGAAAAUCCAAUCAGACAAUGAACCUUCAUCGGCAGCAAACGUACUGAAAAGCUAUCCAAAUGUUCUGAACCAUACCGGCUGAGAGAUCCAGUGAGAAAAGUUGCCGCACAACCUGCGAAAUCCCACGCAAUCGUCCUACGUUAGAGACCUUAACAGAGCAAAACAAAAAUGACCUCCGUCAAGGAUACCGCCUCGUUUUUCGCCAACGGCAGCUCGAGUCAGUUCGACUUUGUGCUGAACCUAUACCCUCAGGUACUGAAACUACGGGCAGAAAAUAAAUGCAAGAAACCGGAAGAACUGAUUCGACUCGACGACUGGUACCAGAAUAUGCUGCCGCAGUUAAUCAAAAAACGUGGCAAAGAACCCUUCAUGGUGCACGAAGAACUGGUGCAGACAAUGAGAUGGAAGCAGACUCGGGGAAGGUUCUUUCCGCAGUUGUCGUAUUUGAUCAAGGUGAACACACCGCGUGCCGUUCAAAAUGAAACCAAGAAAGCAUUCAAAAAACUGCCAAACCUCGAACAGGCAAUCACGGCACUGUCCAAUCUGAAAGGCGUGGGCACAACGAUGGCAUCGGCUUUGCUAGCUGCGGCUGCCCCCGAAACUGCACCCUUCAUGGCCGACGAGUGUCUGAUGGCGAUACCGGAAAUCGAAGGCAUUGACUAUACCACCCGCGAGUACAUGAACUUCGUACAGCACAUUCAGGCUACAACGGACCGACUGAAUGAGGAAGUGCAUGGACCGGUGAGUAGUUCGAACAACGACGGCAGUAACGACGAGGAGGAGGAAGACAGCAGCAACGAUGCGCCGAAAAUCGAGAAGAAAUGGUCCCCGCACAAUGUCGAACUAGCCCUGUGGACGCACUACGUUGCGAGAGAACUGCAGCCUGAGCUGUUGGACGAAAUGCCGGCGGCUACGGAUGGCACUAAAAACAGUUACUCGCGAAAUCCGAUAUCUACGGCGAAGACUACCACUACGUCUGCCGCCACGAACGGAGCUUCGGUUUCGCUAGCGUCCUCCGAGAACAACACUAUGGAGGAACCGUCCGAUGAAAGUAAUCUGGACACGGAGCUGGGCAAAGCGACGUCGGAUGAAUCCUCGAAAGAUAACAAGUAUACCGACAGUUUGGAUGAGUGUACCAAGUCGGAGGAUAGUCUGGAGAAGCCCAGUACCACAACGACCAGCAUUCGAAACAACAACAGUGACGAAGUGGUCGACAGUGACUCGCAGAGUAGUGCGAAACAGUCUACGACCGGUGGCGAAGAGGAGGAAGACGACGACGAAGACGAAGAAGAAGACGAGGAGGAGGAUGACGACGAAGAAAGUUCGGCGGACGGUGCUCCGGAGGCGAAGAAGGCAAAGAUCGAUUAAAGCACAGCCGUAAAGAAGUGAGGGUUGAAGGUUGGUGAAUUCAAUGGGGAUCGGAUCAGCGGCGAAUGUUUUCUAAAUUCAAAUACGAACCAGCACUAAUACUCCGACAUUGGCUGACAGCUGAGAAGAAAUACAAAUCAAAAUCAGUUAACAUAAUUAACUUCGAAGCCAGCAACCGACCACGGUGAGCGGACAGUGCGACAAGGACGGCGAUCUGAACUUUCAGGGAGGGGACAAUUUGCUUAUGGCAAAACAAUCAGACGAGGAAAGCGGAUGCAAACAAAAAAAAACAACAAAAAGAUCACAAUGUACAAAUUAUGUUGAACUGAUUGCAAGAGAUGACACUCGGCAGAAUAGGAGAGCAAGAGAAAGAGAUAAUCAGUGUAAGAAACUACUUUUUCAGUCGAACAGAAGAAUGGUGCGAAAGAAACAAGAGAAUGAAAUCCGAUUUAUUACACAUACAACACACGUGGGAUGUCAGUCGCUUUUCCCGCUUGCUGGGAUUUUUUGUUUUCAGGAAAUGAGAUUCGGUAGUAUGUAGUUGGUAGAAAGCUUGCAAUCCUAUCAUUAGGUAGUAAUUUAUUUGACAUUCAUAUAUUUCAAUGCAACCGGGCUGACUUUUCAAAAUGUCACGUGGUGUUCGGUAUCUAAAUUACUCCGAUGAGUUCUAUCUAAUUCCGGAUUUUUCUUUGGCUUAAUUGAAAGAAGUGGGGAAAAACACUUCCCUAAUUAGUUCUUUCUUCGUUAAUUUUACCGCCACCGAAUGAAGGAGGCGUGUCACGUUGAAUUUACCACCAUUUAAUUAUUUCAGUGGCAUGGAAGAAUCCUGUAGAGCCUCCUCGCGUUCGUUGAGUGUGUUUUUCUUCCUUGUUAUAUUGCUGAUGACACUUAGUUUGUGUUUUCAAUUCUUGUUAGAGAUUCUGCUGUCUGACAAGUGGAUGCGUUCACGACUAAGUUUAUGUCAAUAGGCAUCAGAUAAAGUACUGAGGAAUUCUUGUAGUUACGUUGGUUGUAGGUCCAGUAACUUUUUACGCAACUUUACUUAGGCUUUGAACCAAUGCGCGAAUGAUAUUUAUUGACUGGUUAAAAUCUGACAUUUCGAUAGUUAUUUUUUGUCGACGUUAUGCGACGGUGACGUUGUGUGCGAAUGUUUCCAUGAGAAUGGAUUCAAUUAAUUUGAAUGAUAACGGACUUAAAACUGCGAACCAACUCAAAAUUUGACAGACGGAAAGUUAUUUGUAUUUUGCACUGAGAGGAAAAUGAACAUAAGAAGAAUGAGAAAAACUUCCUCCGGUUGAUAUUGCAGAUUGCUUACAAAGCUGGAACUUUGAUACAGUUUCUUAACCACACUCUUUUUUUACAGAAAAACAGUUGUUAAAACAAACGAAAAGAUAGUUUUGCUAUGGACUAUCAGCAUAACUUGCAAUAUCUGCAUAACUGGUAACACUGCUAACACAACAUGAUUGUGUUGUCGUUUAUAAACGUCAGAGUUCUGUCAGUACAGAGCAGCUGCAGUUAGGUUUUUUACCAUCACUGCUAACCUCAAUCAAAUGAACACAUUUUGACAGUUCAGCAGUACUGUUUGUAAACAUAGAUGUUUUUCUUUGUCUGUUGACAAAUUGAAUGAGACCAUUAACGAUCCAUAUCGCCUAAAUAGAGUUUUAAAACAUUUGUUCACGAUUGGAUACGGUUUGUUUUCGAGAUUUUUUAAAUAAAAGUCACUAGUUGCAAAGUGUAAAGAUGAUUGUUUGAGAUGUGUUCUUCGAUUUUUGUUUAAGCUUGUUUGAAAACAGUACCGCUGAACUGUCAAGGAUGAAUUCUUGUUCAUUUGUGACGUCACGAUAAAAAAUAUAGUUAUGAUCACAGUUCUCGUUUGAUUUUUCAAAAGGCCGUAAGAACAAGUGAAAGUUUCUCUUUGUUUACUUUCUCUUCUUUGAAAUACUAAGCACUCACCUGCUAUGGAAGCUGGUUACUGAAACCGACGCAUUUUGUUUUGGUGGCGUUGUUGUCAACAAUAUGUUAAGCUACGUUCAUACCAUACAAUCAAACCACACUUGUGUCAAAAGUUAAUUUUCUUCAAACCCAAUAUAAAUAUAACUCUAGUCUAGUAUUAUCUAUAAAACUAGUAAUUUGACCUCUUUUUGAAUAAGAAAAAGAAAUUGUCGUUUGUUAUAGUUUGAUUAUAUUCCAUCGAAAUCGUUUCCUUAUGUUGGUGCAACCGCAUGAAGAAAAAUGUGAACGUGUGAACACUGCUUAAACACAGCAUUUGACAGCGAACUAGAACCAAAGAACCAAAAUUUUCGGCUUCAAGCCAAUUGUAUGCAGAUGACAAUCGUGCCACCGGGGUGAUACUAAGCGGUUUUCACGUUUAUCACUCAACUCUUUAUAAAAUACCCGAAACUUUCGACUUUCAAACAGACUUGUAAAAUCCAAACAAAACUUGAUAACCACGUCAUAAUAAUCGGAAGGUAAAGUGAACAAGGAGAAUCUGUCACUUGGCCAUUGGAAAAAAUCAACCAAGAGUUCUGAUUCAGCAUACUUUCAUACUGUGCAGUUCGAUUUGGUGUGAACUGUGCAGUAAUAUUAGGUUUAUUACCGUCACUGCUAACCUCAAUCGGAUGAACACUUUAUGACAGUUCAGCAGUACUGUUUGUAAACAGAGAUUUUUUUGUUUAUCUUUUGACAAAUUUGAUGAGACCGUUUACGGUUUAUAUCGCCUAAAUAAAGUUUUAAAACAUUUGUUCAAGAUUGGAUACGAUCUGUUUUUGAGAUUUAUUGAAUAAAAGUGACUAGUAGCAAAGUGUAAAGUAGAUUAUUCAAGAUGUGCUCUUCGAUUUUUGUUCAAGCUUGUUUGUAAACAGUACCGCUGAACUGUGAAGGAUGAAUGCUUGUUCAUUUGUCACGAUCUAAUAAUCUAAUCUAAAAAAUCUAAUAAUCCACACUUUUUGAAGUGUGUAUUUUCUUUGUCGGGUAGUACAAAAUCGUAAAAAUCGACACAUUGGACUGACGUAUGUUUUACUUAAUUUCUUCGUAUAUGAUUCGACAUCUUAACAGUAAGUGUAAAUCACCUAUAUCUCUUUCAAAUGAAAUCGUAUUAAAACCUGUAUCAUAAACUAAGUAGCAGAUUUAUUUCAAAUGUUUUCAAACUGGUUUGACACUUACAGUUCAAUUAUCAUGCAAAUACAUAAAAAUUUUUGAAAAUGCUUAGAUUUAAUCAGGUUUUACAGCUCAUUCUCAUGUAGAAUUUAACCAUAUUAAAUACAUGAGAAUUUGUGAUUGUCAUGCCAUCGGUUUGAUAUUGAGUUUUAAAUAACAAUUUCAAAGUAGUUUUUGUCGACUGAUAAAAAAAAUCUUAUCGUGCUUGAACAAAAUGGCUCUGUUUGACUAUCCACAAUUCUAUUACACCCAAAGCUCCGUUUACGUACAUUUUUUUUUACGUUACCUCCUUUUACGCAACUUUGUUCACAAACCAAAUCCCAAAUAACGUAAACGAAUCUACUUCGAAAAGGAGGUUUUGGCAAAGCUUAAAAACGAGUUCUGGAUAAUUGAUAUUCCAUGGAAACAUGAGUAAUUUUGGAACGGGUUUGAGAAGUACAUUCCGGAGAACAAUGUUUGAGUUCGUUCCGAAAUCUAAGAUGGCGACUCCCAGUUUAUUGAUAUUCCUUCGAAACCCUUGCAAUAUGAGUUUCGAAAUCCAAGCUGGCAACCUUCUGUUCAUCGAUAUUCUUUGGCAGCACAAACUUUUUUUGAAGUAAAUUCCAAAUAACGCAACAUUUUUUUACGAACCAAAUCCUAACCAACGUAAACUUUUUUUACGAAGGAAAUACCGAAUAACGUAAACUUUUUUUCACGAACUCACUUGGUUUACGAACCCCCGUUUAUUUCGUAAAUGUAGGUCUCGGUGUACCUGGAAAUACAUACAUCACAAAAAAAAAAAAAUACAAUUUCACUGAAUUAGCAAGCGUUACUUCCUUUUUUUGUUUACAAUCUCUUCUGCUUCAUGUGACGUUAUGACGAAGAUUUCCAUUUAUUUUGCAGUACUAACGAGCAAUAACGAAUACCAUAAAUUUUAGCAAUUGAUAGAAAAGAAUGCAAACAAAGCGAAACGGUCACUACACACUUAAAUUUAAUUACCGAUCACAGCUGUGCAAACCUCGGUAGGUGAUUUUUUCAGUAAAAAUAACAUUUCAUUACAGCGGUACCUUAAAGUACUGCUGUUAACAAAUGUUUAUUUGUGUUGAUGUAUCAGUAGAACGAGAAUGUUCGAUAGUUCGGCUGCUCUAAACUCGUCAUAAGAUGGGAAAAUACCGAAUAAAGUUUAGAGUGUACUGUCAAUGUCUCUAAAAUAUGUAGUACGAAGCCAGAUAAAAUCAGUUUCACGAACCUUCGUGCAGUCGUUUUGUUCAACACUGUUUAUUGUUUAUGUUUGACACUUCAUGUGACCUUGACAGACUGAGUAAAAUCAUCGUCAACUGUAAUCUGUACAGUGAAAAUGACUGUCAAAUGUUUACGUUUUUCUUCAACAUAUUGCGCUCGUCAUACUUGAUUAGACACUUGUGGCAAAAAUAUUUGCGCAGUCCGUUUCCUGCAGUACACACAUACAAAUAAGUCCAAUAUAUGAUAACUAGUGAUGCCACUUAUGCAGAUUUAUACCUGAAUUUACAAAUUUCUGAUUAACGCCGCAGAUAUUUAAGGAUUGUACUUAUUAUCAAAUGUACAACAAUUUAAUUUCACAAACUUUUUGAAACCUGCGUAAAAAUUUAACCUGGCAUCCCUGAUGUGCACAGCGUAUUUCAUUUGUACUAAUAUUAGUGUGUGAGCGAAAAGCUCCUGUCAAAAUUUUUACCGCUGGAGUCUAAAAAUUCAUAACAUCGGCAAUAAUUUUUUUUUCCGAAAAAAAUGUGACAACCGUAUUCACUCAUAGGCAAAUGUGUUCACCAAGUAUUUCGAGGGAAUAACUGACUGUCAGAUUUUAAUCAGAAGGUAAAAUUAAUCGCAAAAUGGUUCACAUCCUCAGUAGCUUCAUUUUCCUUAGAAUAGGGUAACAGAGGUAAUUUGGCCCGCUUUAGGAUCGAUUUUAUUUUGGCCCACUUUGUAAAAAUAUUCACCAAAUGUUUUAAUAUCUUUGAAAAAUCCUUCCGCAGUAGGUAAUUUAAUGUGAUUAGCUUCAAACUGAUGCAACAUGGGUUACCUAAGAUCGAUUGAAUCCAUCUAGUUUGUUAGGUGGGCCAAAAUAUAUGAAGUGGCCAAAAUACCUCUGUUACCCUACUUCUUGGUAUAUUCAACUCCAAUUCCAGAACCAACACAACCCAAUGAAUUUACUACACAAACUGUACUGAAGAUAUUUCAUAGGGCCCCUUUAUAUAAAUUACUAAAAAGCAAAAAGCCAAUGCUUUAAUAGAAAUGGAAAUAAUGAGAAAGUCUCUCAUAUUUCUGUCAUUUGUUACGUGUUCAUCAACUGUGACAAUUAACGAAACUGCACCCAAAAACACUGAUUGAAAACGUUUCUUCCGAUAUUCGGUGAACGGCAGUAUGACUGUAUGACUGCGAACUAUUAUCGAACUUGAACUAGCAGUUUGUGGAUUUCUGUUAGAAUAAUUCAACCCCUCCCUACCUGAUGUUGGUUAACGCUUUGUCGAAAGAUUUAUUACUCAUUCAUUCAUUGACAAAUUUUAAGCGUGUAAAUCACUCUAGACUUUGGACUAACAUGCGUAUUCCAAUCCUUGCUAAAUUUUUCGAAACUCAAACAUUUGAAAUCCGCUCGUCUAACCUUUUCUUCUCCUGUUAAAUCUUGUUUGAGUUCAAACAGAGCUUAGAGUGAUUUUCCCCGUGGACAAAUUCGUCUAGCUAUCUUUCAUUCAGAACCAUAUCAAUCGACUACUUUCUGUGGUAUUUUCUUUUCCUUUGCUUUGAUCAAACCGCUUGCCAGGGCACAUUCCAACUCUAGACAUUGUUUUGCUUGUUCAAGUAAAAGUGAAUAAUGAAAUGAAAAAAAAAACUUACACAGACAAACACACAAACACACUUAUGCAACACACGUAUACAUAGAACAAGGUCAAAAAUAGUAGAUAAAUGUUUUGGAUAAAAUUCAAAAUUAACGUCAAACGACCCAUAUUUUCAGUUUCAUGAAAGUGUUUGGAGAUAGCAUAAAUACUGGAAAUAAAUAUAUUGCGACUGUGUGAAAAAAAAAACAAAAAAAAAUAUUACAACUUUCGGUUAGUAGAAAUAUUGAGCUAAGCAAACUCUUAUAAAUAUAAAUUCGUAUAGGAAUUAUUUAUUGUAACUAUUAAUUAUUACCAUUAUUAUUGAGAUGAGAAACGUUCUGAAUUAUCACUCACAACCUAAUCAAACAAAAUCACGAAAGUUUGACUAUUUACGGAAACAGUCAAUCGUCGGAUAAAAGAAUAAAACCUAGUAUUAGUUGGAGUUUUUAUUUCCCUUACGAAUAACAUUAAGUAAACCCACUAUACGAGCAUGUUACAUCAAAGAAAGCAGCAGAAAAAGUGCAUCAUAGAAAUGACAGUUACUGACAGACACCAUCCCAAAACAAACAAAAAGCUACAAGUUAGGUAUAAACAGCCGAAACCCUGUAGAUUGACUGCUAUUACUACUGCUACUAUUACUAGUACUACUACAACUACUACUACUAUUACAACUACUAUCAGAACACACCUGAGAUUGGGUUAAUGGUGGCAAUCAUCAACAACAGCAGAUUAUUGCAAGACAAAACUAUAUACAGUUAUGGAAAACAAACGGUAGUUCUAGGAACUAGUAAUCAAACCAAUAAGGAAAAAGCAAAAUAAAAAAGAAACAGAACAAAACAGAAACCACUAAUAGCCUUUAAUAAAAAAACAGAAACAAAACCUAAUUUAAUGUAUGUAAAGAGUAAGUAGAACACACCCCCUCUACGGCUAUCAUGAAAAAAGAGAAAAAUUAAUCUGAAGAAGUAAACGAAUACAAAUACAUGAUUGGCAGAAAAUCAACACUCACACACGCAAAAUACAUACUGCACACACAUGAAUAAGGUAUAAUAAGAGAGCUGCCUCUGAAUGCGGCCGAAACAAUUACUGACAACUAACAACAAAACAGCAGCAGGUAAAAAAACGCAGAAAUUACUAAAAACCCAACUUUACGAAAAGUAAAUCUAAAUAAAUAAGUGAUUAUGAUACAAAAUAAA